UUAUGUCUAUGAAAAAAAAAUUACUGAGAUCAUCUGUGAUCGAGAUCGUGAGCACGUGAGAUCUUGAUUUUCAGUAACGAAAUGUUAUGUAGCUAUUCUAAAUAUAUAUCAAAAGAUAUAAACAAAUGCGUGACAGAAAAGAUUUAUGAAAAUUCGUGAAUGUGAGUUUGGAUGAAUUUUCUCUUUCUUCUAUGUGAGCUUAAAAUAUGUCUACAAGUUCUGAAAACUGCUCGAAAAUAUUUACUUCGAAAAAUACACGAUAUUUUUUAACAAUACAUUUUAUCUUAUCAGAUAUUAAUAAAAGUCAUGUACGACGUCACUGAGACAAUUGUAGCCCAAGCUACAGAUCCGAAAGUUGCUUUUAUAGCUGCAACUGUCUUUGGUUAUUGCUUGUUUAGAUUUAUGGGCAUGAUAAAAGACAGAAGUCAUCAAUUUUCAGAAGACUCUGAGGAUGAAAUGGAUAAUAAUGCGGUAUAUACUGACAAGUACGAUAAUUAUAAGUUGAUUCUAGUAAUCAGAACAGAUUUGAAAAUGGGAAAGGGAAAAGUGGCAGCGCAAUGUUCUCAUGCUGCUGUUGCAGCAUACAAGGCUGCCAGAAAACAUCCAAAAAUUUUGGAAGCUUGGGAAGAGUCUGGCCAAGCUAAAAUCACCCUUAAGGUUGAUAGUGAAGCUGCUCUUGUGGAAAUAGCAAAGCAAGCUAAAGCCAUAGGUCUGUUAUCGAACAUUGUACAAGAUGCAGGACAUACGCAAAUAGCAGCAGGAAGUAAAACAGUGUGUGGGGUCGGACCUGGUCCAGCAAAAUUGAUAGAUCAAGUAACUGGACAUUUGAAGUUGUUUUAACUACUCAUCAAAUAAAAAUCACGAUCUUUUUAUUAUG